CAUGAAGCAGGAAGUUUCGUUUUAACUUUUUAUAAACAACUUUCAAAAGUCUCCUGAUGCUUGGAACUUGUUUAUUAAAGCUUUAUUGAUGUCCAAAAUUACAAAUACACAGAUCCUGGACUUUUCAACGAAUGACAGUCGGUGUAAAUUGAUAAUAUGUGUUACUAUUAAUGAUAACCAAUAAUAGUCCUUUGACUUUGUAACAAUGAGCUCUGCUAAAUAUGAUGAAUCAGCUGAAAGACCGUUGUUUGGAGAGCCACAACCUAGGGAUCGUAUGCUGAACCUAAUUGUUGGUGUUUUCACUUCAAUUGCAGUAGUUGUAACCUUAAUAAGUGCCUUUAUAUUCCCUCCAGGAAAAAUUAAUGGAGUCAAUGUAUUUUUUGCCUGUAUUAUUGUGCUUAUUUGUGGAUCACAUUUGAUAUUGAUAUACUGGUAUAGACAGGGUGAUUUGGAGCCAAAAUUCAGGAAAAUGAUAAUUUAUAACGCAAUUACAAUAGUUUUUCUUUGUUUAUGUGGAAAUUUGUACAUACAUGACUUGGGAAACAAUAAAUAGAGUCUCAGAAUGCCAUAAACUAAUAUUUAAUAUUUACAUGCAUGCUGGUGAAUAAUUUAUGGUUGUAUUAUAUGUUACAAUGUAUUUAUGUAUAUUUUCAUUACACAUGUAUGCUUUCUAUACCGGUAUGCAAUCCAUGAAAUGGAUAAAUUGUUCAUUUAUUUUAAAAUAAAAUAUAUUGCUUUUUUU